GUACACAACAGUCGGUUCUUUGCGGCUUAGCAGCCACCAUUCGCUAUUGAGACUACCUACGUUAUACACGUGUUAUUAGUUAUGUUAUAAAAUGAUCUACCAAAUUUUAUUCUUAUGCCUUUUAUUCUUUGUGGACGCUCGCAGUGUUGAAAAAGUGAGUGAGAGAAACGUGACAAAACGUGCGGCUAAUACUGAAUUCUUCCCAGACUGGGUGCCAUUCAAAAACAAAAAUGGAGACGAACUGGGUGAGUUUGUUCAAGUUGAAACAAAGAAAAAACCGAAGAAAAGGCUAGCUCAACCUAUGAAUUUUAAACUAAAACAACUUGAACCUCAGGGUGAUUAUGAUGAUUUCGGCGGUGGUGGCGGUGAUAUAAAUGAGGGUGAAGAUUAUGAAAAAAAGGAAUGGUCGGAUCUAUAUAGAUCAGGUAUAAGAAUAAAACCCCAGAAUUUAAGUCACACAGAUUUAUCGGAUAUAGAUGGUCUUGUAAAUAUUAUAACUAAUAGUAACCCAAUACGGGAACAUCGUCCACUUCUUGUAAGAACAACUAAGAAACCGACAACAGUAAUUGAUGAUGAUGACUAUUUAGAUCAAUCGAAGGAGACAGAUUCUCAAAAGAGAGAAAAUAGAGAAAAAUAUGAACAGGAAUUAACGACUAACAAAAAAGUACAAGAAUCUGCAAACAAAACCUCAGACGAAGAUUAUAAUUAUGAAGACGAUAAAAAACAAAAAGAGAAACAAGAGCAGAUGGAAACGGAACGCAAAGAGAGCGAAGCACGUAAAGCUUUAAUUCUUAAUGCUGUGGACGAAUUAAAAGCUCGACAUGAAGUAGAGCAGAGAAUUCUGUCUGAAAAAGAAAAAGAAGAGGAGAUAUUCAAAGAGGAACAUGAAAGGGACAGAGUUGACACUGAUGAAGGUCGUGAUAAAUACGAUAGAAGAAAACCUAAAUUCAGAAAUUUUUACGAUUUGUAUGACGAUCAUUUUGGACAAAGCACAUCUUACGACAAGUAUGAUAUAAUUAUAGAGAAGACUACGCCAGAACCCACGACGACAGUUUCUACUCCCCGUAAAUCUAAGAAAAAUAAAAAAAGAAAAAAUAAAAAAAAGAAGCCAGUCGAAACACCUGGACAGAUAUUAGUUUACAAUAAUCCUGAAAAAAUAUCUGUGUUCAAAAACCCUGAAGCAUUCAUGUACAAGGACGACGAAGAAUCAACUACUUCUACAACUAAGAAACCGAAAUUAGUACCUAAAAGGACAACGGCACAUCCCAAGACAAGAAAAACGGGGAAAUUUUCUUCAAAAAUUUCAAUGACACCAAAUUCGAUAGUUACAAGUCCUAAAAAUCGUGAGGGGUCCGUGCGCAUAUCCUUAGUGCCCCAAGCGAGUGGGUCCGAAGAGUCCCCUGCUCUAUUCUUUCCUCAACCCAAUAAUCGCAAAAAGAAACGCGGCAAAAACACAACAGCAAACACUGAUUCAUAUGUAGAUGAAACCGUUGCCGAUAUUACUACCAAUAAUUAUACAACUUUUGAUGAAUCUGUAACCAACCAAACAGAAAUCGAUGCGACUGCAUCCGAUACAAAAUCAAUCGAUGUUACUAGUCCACCUGUGAAAGAUGCGGUCGUGACCAAUUCUGAUACAGUUCCAGAUGUGGUUGCAGCUCCUACAGAAAAGAAACAGACAAAUGAAGGCAACUACGUUCACAAGAAAGGAGGAGAUCGGGAGUACACUUCUUCACACGAAGAAGUACAUAGAGAAACUGGGAAGAAAGCGUAUGAGGACCAAGAGGAAAAACCGGCAAUCAAGAAGAAUAGAGAUUUGGUGCAAUUACCCAAACCAGAGACUAAACUGUCUGAUCCCUGGUACAUCUUAAUCUAUUUUGGUGGUAAUCAGGAAAACAUGAAGAAACAAAGCAAGGUAAAGGGCACCACGAUAAAGAAGACCAUUCCGGAGAAUACAUUGACAAAGCAGGGACUGACAAGAAACACCACGACGAAUCAAACCAAUAUGGAGCGCAUCACCAUGAGGAACACGGCAAAAAGCACGCAAAGUACGAGGAAUCUGGGAAGCACUCAAAGGGCCACAGCACAAAAGGCAGCCACGACAUACAUAAGAAAGAAGAAUACGAGAAACGAGUCGAAUUCUUCGAGGAAGAUGGUGACUCGUCAGAGGAAGAGAAACAUGGUGGCUUCAACCACAAACGGGAACAUUCAUCGGGUGGGCACUUCAAGAAAGCCAACUUGGAAGCUGGUCACCACGCCCGCGACAAGGGCGAUGCGGGGCACCACCAGGCGGGAGGCCAUGUUAACGGUCACAAGGGCCACAAAUCAUCAGAGGGCCACGACAGUCACGGACGCCACUACCACGCCCAUUUCCGCGAAUCUGGGAUGCAUUCAGGAAAUAAGUGGGGCCACGGCCACUCCUCGCCAGCAAAGAUCUCAAAUGUUGUUGCAAUUGAUCGCCGAGCUGACCAAUUCUAUGCUGGCCCGCAAUAUUACGGAUGAGCUCACCCAGAGCGAAGAACAGUUUUAGAUUGACACAUUUUCCGCCGUCAAAUUAUGCAAAAAUAUGCAUUUGUCAUUUUUUCUGUCUGCGGUUUAGAGAGGAAAUCGCAUGUUAAUGUCAAUAUUAAAAGAAAUAUUGUUGAAAAAUGGAAAAGGAGGUUUUUUUAUCAAUAACUUAUGAUGAUCUAGAAACAUAGAUAUAUACUUAAAAGGCAUCUAUUUAAAGACUAACUUCAAUGACUAACAUAUUUAGUUAUCUAUCAGAUAAAAAAUAAGACAAAUAUUGGCAAGAAAUAAAUUAUUUUCUUAACUAUUCGAUGAUUCAAAUGUAAUUUUUUGAGCAAAGUUUUUAUUUAAAUAUCAUUUACUGUAACUGUAACCAAAAAAAGCUAUGUUAUUGUGAAAUAAUUGUGUAACGCUUGUAACUCCUGUGAUAUAUACGUACGAUUGUAGUACCUACCAAAUUGGUACAAAAAAAUUUUUUUUUAAUCUUUUUUCCUUGUUUCAUACAUAUAUUUUUAUUAAUUACCUAAAUUAUUUGAAGUUUUCUUAUUUUUUUUUUAAUCGCAAAUAAAUUGUAAGUUUGAGUGGAGAACGAAAAUUAAUAUUAUCAUUUUGCAUCACUACUGGGUAUAGUCGUCCUUUUUAAACCAAGUUUCCACCAUUUUAUACCCAAGGGUUCAAAAAGUUUAUAUUGUUAAUGACAUAUUAAUAUUAGAUACAACUUAUUUAAAGUAUUGUAAACAAAUACAUAUAUGUCUACUAGCUGUUGCUCGCAGCUCCACAUGUUAUCCACAUAUAGUGGAGCCUAUGUUUGAUCUCGGGUCAAUAACUAAGUAUAUCUAUUCCAAAUUUCAUCUAAAUUUGUCCAGAGCGAAUUUAGGAUUUAUAAUCGUCCAGAAAUAAAUAUAUUUGCUGUUGAGAUGAUGAGCCCAUGGGGUCCUGAGGCAAAAUCCUUAUUGACUGAGAUUUCAGCGCGUCUCCGUGAUGUAACGGGCGAUCCAAGGGCGGGCAGUUACUUUGCACAGAGGAUUGUCAUAGCGGUUCUGAAGGGAAAUGCUGCCAGCCUUUUUGGAACCCUUCCAAGCGGCGACGAGCUGGAAUCUCUUUAUUAUUUAUGAUUAUAAAUUUUGUAAAAAAAUUGUGUAAUUUUUUUAAUGUAUAUUGUUGAAAUCAUUAAACAUAUAUAUUAAACAUAUUCAUGAACAUUCGUCUACUCAACUGAGCU